GAUUUUAAUAAUGUUGCCGAUUGUGCUCAGAAAAGCAAAGUUUAUACAAAUAAUGUUAAUGGUGGUCCACAUUGCCGCAAAACCUUGCUUUUUCACAUCACCAUUGACGUUACAAAUGGUAUUAGAAUAUGCGGAAUGGCGAUCUUGGAACCAAGUAGUUCUCUUCGAUAAUAUCAGCCCAUUCAGUUGUGCCCUUAGUUAUGUCCGGCCGUUGAUCAAGUGCUUUGGUGGAAAGGGCAUCAGUGUGUCCCUACAAUCGGCAACAAAUCCAAAUAUCCCGGAUGCUCUUACGAUUCCAACGCAUCGCAUCGGCUCGAUCGUAUUCUUGGACGGACUCAAUCUGACGUCACCUGAUAAUGUUAUUCAAGUGGCUUCCCAGAAAUUUCUUUUUAACUACUACAUCUCUUGGCUUAUGGUGACCACAAGAAAUACUGACUCCACUAUCGACACCGUUCUUCGAGAUUUAAAUAUUGGUAUCGAUAGCGAUGUAGUCGUAGCUACUUCGCCAUUAUUGAAUGAUGAUGUCUCUUGGAAAUAUGCGCAGAAAUAUCGAGAAAAGAUAUGUCGAUCUUUCCAGCGUUAUGGCGAUCGUUUUGAAUUUAUGGGACCACCGAAACGACGUAAUGUCGAAAAUGCAACGAUCAAUCUGAACUACGUAACUUUAGAGAAUCGUUCAGUAUCGUUUUAUCUGGUGAACACUUAUAAAAUACGCCAUUCUGACAAUGCAAGUCUUAUUGUCCGAUAUCUCGGUUUCUGGAAUCCAGAUUCUCAUACUCUUAAGCCGCCAAUGAGCGUGAAAUUGAGAAGUGAUUUCAGGGGUCUUCCCAUUAUUUUUGGCGUAUUGAAUGGAACCAGUGACGGACAGACGGAUAUUGCCGAAGCAGAAACUACUGCCAAUGAUAUCGCACCGCUUUUAGACUUUGCCACUAUUGUUACGAACAGCGUGAACGCCAGUAUCGAAUUGAUACCGCAUGAAAAACUUGGCACGUUAACUAACAAAGUGUGGAGUCAUCUUCUCGGCGAUGUUGUAGCAGGUACCGUUGACAUCGGUUUGGGAUACAUAACAUCGAACGACGAGGAACGUUGGACGGAAAUGACAUUUAGUCAUCCUCUGAUACGUUACACGAGGAACAUUUAUUACCAUCCAUUGGAGACCGGGACAAUGAGGGAUAUAUUUCUGCAACCGUUCGACAAUCGAUUGCUUGGCUGCGUCGCGGCAACAUAUUUUAUUAUGUUGAUUGCAAUGGCGACGGUGAUUUACGCUACAAAGGCGAUUUUGCAUAAGGAGGAAAGAUAUGUUGGGAUUGGGGAAUCUGCGCUUUGGUGCUUGAGUAUCAUGUGCAUGCAAGGUUCGCCUUGGAGUCCUCGAACCCCAUCUGGGAAGACUCUACUAUUAUUCAGUCUAAUAUUCUCUCUCGUAAUGUACAACGCCUAUGCUGGCUUUAUUACGUCUAUAUUAUCGGUGCAGGUCACUGGAAUCAAAUCAAUCACGGAUCUUCUUCUUAAUAAUUUUAAAUUGGGAUACAGUGCUGCUGAUGAUGCAUAUAUAAGAAAUGCGAACGACAGCAACCUGCGUCAAUUGUACAUAAAGGCGUUUAAUAGUCGUGAAUCUCGCUUGGAAACGAGAACUGGACUUAUGAAAGCUGUCAAAGGACGAUAUGGAUUUUUCGUCAGCGCAACUCUCGCACGACGAGCUCUCAGAACAACUUUUAUACAGGAGCGAUGCCUCUUGAAGGAGCUACUACUUCCUAAAACACUUACAGUCGUCGCUCUUCCUAUGGCCAAAAGUUGUCCCUACAGGAAGAUUAUCAAUCUUAAUAUAUUACGUAUAUACGAACGGGGUGUCUUGGAUAAAAUACAAGAACGGAUGUUACCAACGAUGCCGCGAUGCGCGGCAUCGGCGGCCUUUCACAGCGCAAGACUUACCGAUGUUUAUUCCGCCUUUUUCCUCUUGACCGCGGGUAUGGUCAUAGCGAUUUCCAUUGGUAUCGUCGAGAGGAUAUGGAACAAACGGAAGCAGAUGCAGGAGACAAUCGUGCGCAGUCUACGCGACCAUCAUCUGAUACCGCAUAUCAAUUUCCAUCAUCAGCAUCAUCGUGAUCGUCCCAAUGAUCGCUUGCACUUUCAGUCUCCUGAUGCUCUUUCAACUGACAGACCGCGAGACUACAAUUCUGCUUAUUUGACUAUGCUACAAAAUCAGGCUCGCCAGGUGCAGUCCUUCAUCGGUUUUCAAGAGCGUGAUACAUCCCCUGAAAAAUCGAGAGGCCCAGGCCAGGAACCGCGUUUUCACAUACGAAGAUCAGCAGGUCUCAAAAGAGCGUCUUGGGCUUCCUUUACGGGCUUAUCCAAAAGGAAGCUAAAAGAGACCGAGAAAAUUCCGCCGCCUUCGAAUGUGGGAUCCACCCCUGGAAUCCGGAUCUUGCCGUUUCACAAUUAAAUAUCAUUUUAUCGGUUCAAAAUAUUUUAAGCAUUAUAUAG